GCCGCUGGCUCCCAGACAGGAGACGGAGCGGCGAGCGCGCGUGUGUGUAUAUAUAUGUGUGUGUGUGUGUGUGUUUGUGUGUAUUCCUGGUAUUCCUUGUAUGGAAACUAGUGCGGGAUAGAGGGGGGGAUCGAUGAACCUGGUGUCACAGGGAGCUUGCAGCAGCGUACCGGGAGCUCGGGACACUGGAGAAUCACCAGCGCCCUACACAAUCCCACAACAAAUCUCGACCCAAGAGAGAGAGAGAGAGAAAAACAAAAACAAAACUAAGCUGUUUUGGAGAUGGAACCGGGGCUGAUGGCGGCGCUUCAGAUCGGUUGCUAAUGUUAUAGUUUGAGAUUGUCAUUAUUUUUCGCUCUUGCUGGAACCUUCUUCCCCUCUCUCCCAACUCUCGUCUGCCUGAAAUUAACUUGGAAAGAUUUUGCCAUUUUGGGGAAGGGGGCAUUUAAUUAUCUUCCCCCGCACUUUGUGAGAUACAUUCACGGUGGAAGAUGGCUGCUUGCAGGAGCUCGGUCGGUCUAAUAGCAGUUAUACAGUUGUGCCUGAUGCUAUCUUGUACAUCGCAAGAAAGCUUUCCUCAAGCGAACGACAUUCGGUCAUGGGCGGAGAAGAUGAAGGAGGACCUUGUGAAGUUGGUCCGCAGUUCCAGUGGAAUUGAUCAGCUGGAACAGAUUUACUUGAAAAACAGACAGUAUUACACUGUUGAAACUAACAACGCACGGCAGUUAGUGGAAAGUGCAGCCAGAGAAAUAGAAAAACUGCUCAGCAACAAAGUGAAGGCACUGAAGAAACUUGCAACAGCGGCGGAGGAGUUCCAGCAAAAGCACUUCUGGAGAGAAGAUUUUGCGGAUAAUGAUGUGGUCUACUACAAUGCGAAGGAUGAUCUGAUGAGUGUGUUAAAGCAAGACCAAGGAUUCAAGAGGUUCCAGUCUGAAAGAAAUGAAACCCGUCCAAGGAUCAAACCUGAUUUUCAACUAAACCAAGCCUUCCGCCGCCGUGUGGACUUCAACCAUACUGCUGUCCACAUCCCCACAGACAUCUACGAGGGCUGCAGUUUCUCAUUGAUCCUGUGGUGUUUCUUUGUAAAUGCCCAGAAGAAAACGAAUCACGGGAUGAGAACAACUAUUGUUUUAAAUGAACUCAACUGGACUGCAGCAUUAGAUCCCAUUUUUAAGCGUAACAAGGAAGAGGAUCCUACAUUAAUGUGGCAAGUUUUUGGAAGUGCAACUGGCCUGGCUAGAUACUAUCCAGCAUCUCCAUGGGUGGAUCUAACAAAAACUGCCAACAGGAUUGAUUUGUAUGAUGUUCGGAGAAGACCCUGGUACAUUCAGGGCGCUGCUUCACCAAAGGACAUGCUGAUCCUUGUAGACGUGAGCGGCAGUGUCAGUGGACUGACAUUAAAACUAAUUCGGACAUCGGUUUCUGAAAUGCUGGAAACGCUCUCUGACGAUGACUAUGUGAAUGUGGUUUCGUUUAACAACGUAGCAAAAUCUGUCAGUUGCUUCCAACACCUUGUGCAAGCUAAUGUGCGAAAUAAGAAGGUCCUCAAAGAUGCUGUUAAUCAAAUACAAGCAAAGGGAAUCACUGAUUAUAAGAAAGGGUUUACGUUUGCCUUUGAACAGUUGUUGAAUUUUAAUGUGUCCCGAGCGAAUUGCAACAAGAUCAUCAUGUUAUUUACAGAUGGUGGAGAAGAACGAGCCCAAGAAAUUUUUACAACAUACAACCAGGGCAAAAAAGUGCGUGUAUUCACCUUUUCAGUCGGCCAGCAUAAUUAUGAUAAAGGACCAUUACAGUGGAUGGCCUGUACUAAUAAAGGCUACUUUUUUGAAAUUCCCAGCAUUGGAGCAAUACGUAUUAACACACAGGAAUACUUGGACGUACUUGGGAGACCAAUGGUUUUAGCUGGCACGAAAGAAAAACAAGUUCAGUGGACAAACGUAUACCUGGAUGCACUGGAACUCGGUCUUGUUAUCACAGGAACUCUGCCGGUCUUCAACUUAACUAAAGAUGCCAGUGGGAACCAGAACCAGCUGAUUCUAGGAGUGAUGGGUAUUGAUGUGUCUCUUGCUGACGUAAAGAGGCAGACUCCUCGUUACACACUUGGACCUAAUGGAUAUUAUUUUGCAAUCGAUCCAAACGGUUAUGUAUUGCUUCAUCCAAAUCUUCAGCCUAAGAAUCCCAAAUCUCAGGAGCCGGUCACUUUGGAUUUUCUAGAUGCUGAACUGGAGAAUGAAAUUAAGGUUGAGAUACGACACAGUAUGAUCGAAGGACAAAAUGGAGAGAGGACCCUAGACACACUGAUCAAAUCUUAUGAUGAGAGAUAUAUUGACAAAGGAACUCGAACAUACACAUGGACUCUCGUAAAUAGUACAGAUUAUAGUUUGGCAUUAGUCCUGCCACCUUAUGGCUCUCACUACAUCAAAGCCAACUUAGAAGAGGUUAUCACCCAGGCAAAACACUUAGAGUCAAUAAUGCCUGAUAACUUCGACACCACGGGAUAUGUGUAUCUCGCACCAAGGGAAUACUGCGAUGGAUUGAAUCCUUCAAACAACAACACGGCAUUCCUGGAGAAUUUCAUCCAUUUUAUUGACCGGCAAACUCCCAGUUCACCAAAUUCUGCAGAGGCCAAAAGCAGGAAAUUUUUAUACGGCCUGAAAACUCGAGGUAAGACUGAUCUGAUUAAUAAUGUGUUGCUUGAUGCUGGAUUCACAACGGAACUGGUCACAAACCAUUGGAGCAAACAUAAACCGGCUGGAGUUCUCGCCAGAUUCGUAGCAACUGAUGGUGGUAUUACAAGAAUUUACCCUGGAAGUGCUGCAGAGGAGUGGACUGAAAAUCCUGAGACCUAUGAAGCAAGUUACUACAAAAGAAGUCUUAACAACAAUCUUUACAUCUUCACUGCCCCUUACAUCAAUAAAACAUGGGACGGAAUACAGAGCAGUGUGGAAUCUGGCAUUAUGGUCAGUAGGGCAGUUGAACUUAAAAUCGACGGGAAGCUUUUAAAACCGGCAGUUGUUGGAGUGAAGCUUGAUGUAAACGCCUGGAUGGAAAACUUCACAAAGGUAGUCAGUAAGAGCAAGUGUUACCAAGAGAUCUGUGACUGCACAAAAAAUAGCAAGCACUUUGACUGUGUUAUAUUGGAUGAUGGUGGAUUCCUGCUAAUGUCCAACCAGGAUGAAUAUAUUGGAAAGAUUGGCAAAUUCUUUGGGGAGAUUGACCCAAGCUUGAUGAAGCGCCUUCUAAACACAUCACUGUAUGCCUUCAAUAAAUCCUACGAUUUCCAGUCUGUGUGUGAUCCAGAAAGUGAGACAAAAGCUGCAGCUGGGCUUCGUUCAGUCUACGUUCCCAGCAUAGUCGAUAUUUUGAAUAUAGGUUGGUGGGCGUCCAGUGCAGCGUGGUCGCUACUGCAACAGUUAUUCCUCAGCUUCACCUUCCCACGUUUUCUGGAAGCAGUUGAUGCCGACAUUGAAGACUUCUCUGAACCUUUAUCAAAAUCAAGCUGUAUCACUGAACAGACUCAGUAUUACUUUUAUGACAAUGAAUCCUCCUUCAGUGGGCUUGUGGAUUGUGGCAACUGCUCAAGGCUUUACCAUGCGGAGAAACUCUCCAAUACAAACCUUGUGUUCAUACUGGUGGAGAGCAAGCAUACGUGUCAGUCCUGUGACUCAAAGCCUCUAAUGCAAGCAGAGCAAAAGUCUGACGGACCAGACCCUUGCCUGUUAGCUCAGAAUCCCAGACAUAGGAAAGGUCCCGACGUAUGCUUUGAUUCUGAUGAGCAUGAGGAUGAUUCUGAGUGUGGCGGGAGCUCUACUCUGAGCCCAUCCUUAUGGUCUGUGAUAGGCUUUCAGCUUGUUCUGCUCUGGCUGCUAAGCAGUGCCAGGCUUUAUCCAUCAUGACCGCAGAGAACGAACACCCAUCUCAGCUUUCUAGACCCACCUCUCCGUAGCCUUGGAUUAAACCAGGGAAACAUUUGUCCCCAGGCAGUAGAAGACUGACCAUGUCCAUAUCCUGGUGUAUCACUGUGUGAAAGAUUCAUUGUUGAUUCUCCAUAUGAAGAAUGGUUAAGGUGCUCCAUUGUCAAGUUUAAAAGAAAUGUAACAUUCAUACAAUGGUAGCAAGUUGGAUUGUCAGUACUGAAACCUGCCAGGCAACCUAUGGGAACGUUAAUGCAUUUAUACAAAGAGACAAAUAAUUUUAAAAAUAUCUAGAUUUACUUAUCAUCAGGUUCAUAUUUUGUUUAGCUUUCUUGAAAUAGGAUGAAGGGUAUUCUUAGUUCAUGGCUUAUAUUAGCUGCCUGUAAUUAAUUUUAACAUAAUUUAAAGGGGGUGAUAACAUAUACACAUGAUCAUGUGUCCUAAUGGCAAAAGACAUCAGAAAUCUUAAACAUUACCAUGUUGGAUACUAAGCAGUAAUUGCAACCAUUUCAAACACCAAAGUCCACUGAUUAUUCUAUGGCUUAUACUCUUAUGUUAUUGUUUGCUAUUCUGUUACCAAAGGAUGCCUGUUACCCUCUUCUCCCCUAUCAUUAAGCCAUAAUUCUAUGCUUGAUGCCCUUCAUGUUUGCUGAAGCAAAUGCAUAAUGAUUGUUCUACCCCACACAAGAAAUUGUGCUAAGGCUUGUGAAUGA